AUGGGACAGCGGUGGCAGCCGCAGCGCCCCGCCGCCAGCCCCGAGCGCCGCCGCUGCAGGGCAGGGCACGGAGCGCUGCCCGCCGCCCCGCCGCUCCUCCUCCUCGUCCUCCUCCUCCUCGCUGCCGCCCUGUCUGCCGGCCAAGGUGCACCAAUGCCAUCCCAAGCACUUGUAUCAGAUGAGGAUUUGCAGCUGUUGAAAGAGAUAGACGAUGCAUGUUCUGCUUACCUGUCCACAGGUUCUCAGCCUCAGGUGUCCAGUACACUAGAAGAACUUUGUUUUUUGGUCAUGGGAUUUCUCCAGAAAGCACAGGGUUUAGAUGAGAAAGACAACACCAAAAGGUUCUUAUUUCAUUAUUCUAAGACUCAUGACUCGGGCAACUCAGACAUCAUGUCGUCUGUCCUGCAUCCUUUACUGCAACUCGUUCCCCAGCUUAAUGAGAGAAGAAUGAAGAGAUACAAAGUGGACGAAGAACUUCAAGGACCUGGAGUGAUUCAAAGCAGAGGCUACUUUUUCUACAGGCCACGUAAUGGAAGGAGAUCAGUGGAUUUUCGUUAAGGAGGCUUAUAGAUUCCUGACUUAGAACUAAACCUGCAGGAACGCAGAGUACACGGACAUCCUGUUUUCCUUACAGAAAUUAUUUGUUAUUAAUGUACAAUUAGAAA